UCGAGCUGAAGCUAUUGCACGAAAAGAGCUGCUCGCAGCCGCACUGUGAAUAUCUGUAUGCUCAUAGCUAGUGGACUGUGGAUUGUGCAAAGGAGGGAGGGAGAGAGAGAGUGCGAGAGAGAGGAGGAGAGGUGGAGGGAAUACAGUUGGAUUUGGAUACAACUGGAAAACUACCAAGUGCGCACAGCACGCACCGAGCGGAAGGCACAUCGACGGUGCGUAGCCGACAUUUCACCGACUCCCCCGCGAUCGGAUUCAGGCGAGAAUGGAGCUCCCUGCCGCCGGAGAGCACGUCUUUGCGGUGGAGGGCAUCGAAAAGAAGCGCAUCCGCAAGGGCAAGAUCGAGUACCUGGUCAAGUGGCGAGGCUGGUCUCCCAAAUACAACACAUGGGAACCAGAGGAAAACAUCCUUGACCCGCGCCUCCUCGUCGCGUUUCAACACAGAGAGAGGCAGGAGCAGCUGUUGGGAUAUCGCAAACGGGGGCCAAAACCAAAACAUCUUUUACUCCAGGUACCCUCAUUUGCCAGAAGAUCCUGUAUCCCUGCAGGUUUUGGAGAGUCAUCUCAGGAUGCAGAGGCUAUCCUCAAGUCCGACCCCGUCCCGGUCCAGCGCCCCCAGCCUCAACAGUACCAGCUCAACAGCAAAAAGCACCAUCAGUACCAGCCCAGCAGCCAGGAGGUCCCCACUGACCAGCCGACCAACGGCAAGAAGAAGUUCAUCUACCAGCUCAACAGCAAAAAGCACCACCACUAUGAGCCUGACCCGAGCAUGUACGACGCACAGGCUUCCAGGCUCAAAGAGGUGGUCAAAGUUCAGGAACUGGCCAGUAAACCGGCAAAUCCUGGCUGGAACUUACCACUGGCCCUGCAGCAGAAAUGGGUUCGAGACAAAGACACAGGCUGCUUGAGCAAAGUUAAAGAGCUGGCGGUGGAGGUGAGGAAACCCGCUGUUAAAGAUGCUGAGAGCGAACAUGCCCUUAAACCCAAUCCUAAAGACGCGACCCUGCCUAGCGCUAUUAGCAGCAAAAUGAAGAUAAUCAAGAACAAAAACAAGAAUGGACGUAUUGUUAUUGUCAUGAGCAAAUAUAUGGACAGCAACAAGGCUCAUGGGGCUAAGGGUAAACACGGGGAAUCUUCAAGCGAAGUGAAACCCCAAAGCACCAAACCGUCGGAGAACAAUCCAGCACAUACAACCAAAAUGGUGCAGCACCCUGAGAAUGGUAUCCCAAAAGAGAUCUGUAACGGCAGCUCCCUCCCUGCUGCAGAGCACCCUAUAAAGUGUUCCCCAAAGGACAGACACUUCUCCAAACCUUCACCAAGCACAGCAGAGGAAUACAACACCGAGGUGGCCCGUGGUCAGGCCGAUUUACCGGACGAUCUACCCCUUCAGCUGACUGCUAGCUCACCCAUGACGUCCUGGUCUGUUGACGUCAACAUCCCGACCCCAACGUCCGUUGACCACAUCAGGAUCCCUUCUUUUCCCAACGACCGCAAGCGAAAGCUAUCAGAUCCCGCUGAGGACAGGAGCGUCUCCAAAACCUACGUGACUUCUAGAAGCUUCAGCGUCCCCAGCACUGUGGUCACGCCACCUCAGGACAAACCUAUGGACCUCCACUGUAGCGGCCCCCGCCACAGCAGUACAUUUACAUAUGAGGUUGUGGACUCUGGCAGCCAAGAGGAGCCGAUGGAUCUCAGCUGCCCAAAAAAUAAGAAUCAGGUGGAGACGGAGAUACUGCCGGAGCCCGAGCCUGCCGUCACAAACGCAACUAGUGUGACAGAAGACGCACAGACAUCCACAGAGAAAUCUAAAGAAGCACCUCUUCAAAAAAUCUCCCCUUUUAUGGGAAAUAUCAUAAUCACUGACAUCACAACAAACAGUCUGACCGUCACAUUCAAGGAAUUUGUUUCUUUCUAAGAAACCAUUUUGUAAAAUGGGACUACUAGUGACCGAUUGGAUGAAUGCUGUUAAUAUGUACAUAUGUAAAAAAAACAAAAAACAUCAGAAUUUUGUAAAUGUUGAAAUUUAUAAUUUAUCAUUCAAAUUCAAUAUGUUUCUUAGAAUGUUUUAUACUGUAACUCCUCUGUGACGUUGUAGCCAAGAAAGUGCCCUCGAGACUUUGAGCGAAUGCAUUCAGGUGGAUGUGUUCCACUUUUUAAAAAAACGGUUUAUUUGUCAUAUGGAGCCGAAUGGGAUACUUUUGCUGUUGUUUCAUACCUGCACCAAACUUAUAACCUGAUAUGUAUGAAAUCUUAUACAUAUUUCUUAUGAAUAAUGUCACUUAUUUUGGUCCUGAAAGAAGGUAGAGAGGAUGUUGUCGGGUAUAUGGUGAUCAAAGAUCAAAUUGAAAGCACUUAAUUACAUUUUCACAUGUUGGUUUGUGUCAUUACGAGGAGAGAAACAGCUGUUUUCUUGAAGUCUUAUUUCACUUUUUACUCCAGACAGGUUCCCUUAGACGGAUUUGGCAUAUUUUGUUUGGUGUUUUGUUUGUGGCUUGUUUGAGAAAACAUCAUUAGCUAUACCAUGCAAAUUUACAAAAGCAGGUGUGUCUGAAUACAGUGGGAACACACAGUGUGGGACACACUCGGCUGUGUCAACAACCUUAAAGAAAUGUCCCGGUCUUUUCAACAAAGCCGUCAGUGAAUAUACCGCUGCAACCCGAUCUAUUGCUAUGUUGCACAUCUCACCUUUAGCAAAUAUUUAUGGACUGACAUGUGACAUCUCAAAGGUCUGUUACUAUUUCUCAAAUGUGCGACUUCCCAUUAAGACGACGUAUUGAUUCUUACCAUAAUUAGAUCAUGAUUUAUUAACUUAUUGUUGACCUCACAUAUUGCUGGAGUUACUUUAAAAUACAUACGCUAGUCUCAUUAGGACUUUCCUAAUGUCACAGAGAGUGGCGAUAUUCAUCUCAUUUUGCUUCUGGAGCUCAUUGUAUUAUCUGGAAAACACACGUUACUGUUAUUAGCUUUCGAAAAAGAAAGCUACCAGGGUGAUUUAAUGAGUAUGUUACACAGAUUAAAUGUGAGUCGCGAGGCUGCCUUCGUAUACUGUUACAUGCGAGCCAAUGAGUGCAAGCUGUUUUGAUUCUGCUGCUGAAAAUUCAAAUGUCAAAGCUGUUGGAUGUAACCUACAUUUGAGUCUAAAUUGCCUUCCACGCACGUUCGAUGCAAACCAGUAAGAAUGCUAUAAUAAUAAUAAUAAUAAAAAAUAUAGCAUAUUUAUUGAUGUUUAACUUGUUGUAACAAAAGAUGCGCUCUGCAUCAGAAGCUACACUUGAUUCCAUUGAACAGUUGAAAAGAUGUUUUAAGUCUGUUGGCUCCUUUUUGUUCUCUAUUUUGU